UUACACAUGCAGUUGGAAUACUAAAGGAACAACAUACCAGGGAUAUAUCUAUUCGUAUAAAGUGCCAUGGAAACCUGUUCGUUGAAAUUCUGAGAUUGCUAGCUAAUAAUAAUGCCGAAUUGAUUGGAGACCUCAGAAUUGCCUGCCCUUUCAUUGCCUGUCGUGGCACGGAAUUUUCACACGCUGUUCUCGCAAUCCAACAGCUGUACAGAAUUGUAUAGGCGGCACAUGCAAACUGUCCGCUCCACUACUUCCCAUCUGAGCACAGGCCACUUGAAAUUAGGACCGCGUCCCGAGUGUGUUUUAUGUGAAGCGGCGAAACAGGGCAAUUCCUUCGGUCUUUCCUGUCCGCAGCGAGGCAAGGACAAAAAGUCGUAGUUUGCCGACCUGCAACCAUGGCCCAGGACGAGAACAUAAGUGUCUCGAAAAAAACGAUUAUUGCUAAAAUUGUCAAAGUUCGCAAGAGGCGUGAGAUGCUUGUUGUGCAAAUGUUUUUUAUCUGCAGUGUCCUAUUUGUGGCAUGGAGCAUGUCAUCACUGCUGACAAAGACAGGCCAUGGAAUGCUUGUGGAGGGGCAUGCCGACCAUCACCACUGGGGAAGAAGGCUUAUGGCCUCAGCACUGGAUAAUGAGACAGCGGAGAAGAACUGCACAGAGCCAGCUAUACACGAGUUCCCAGAUGACCUUUUCUCCAAUGAUGAACGCAAGAGUGGGGCUGUUGCUCUGCACAUAUUGGCGGCACUCUACAUGUUCCUUGCCUUGGCCAUAAUCUGUGAUGACUACUUUGUGACAUCACUGGAGAAGAUCUGUGAGAAACUAGACCUUAGUGAAGAUGUUGCUGGAGCGACGUUCAUGGCAGCCGGGAGUUCUGCACCAGAGCUUUUUGCUUCUGUUAUAGGUGUCUUCAUCACACACGGUGACGUGGGGGUAGGGACCAUCGUUGGCUCAGCGGUCUUCAACAUCCUCUGUAUCAUAGGCGUAUGCGGGAUAUUUGCCGGACAGGUUGUAAUGUUAACUCGGUGGUCUGUCUUUAGAGACUCCUUCUACUAUAUCUUGUCAGUAGUGGCACUCAUUGCGUUUAUCUACGACGAGAAGAUAGUAUGGUGGGAGAGCCUUAUCCUGGUGCUUAUGUAUGCUGGAUACAUCCUCAUUAUGAAGUUUAACUCCAGCAUGCAGAAGUUCUUCGUCGGAAAAGGGGGCAAGAAUGUGGCUAACGGUAAUGCGGCAGCCAGCAGCGAGAUGGAGGAUGUCAAGCCCAGUAGAGCUUACAGUCGUGGCUCUGUGGUGAUGGUAGAUGAAAUUAUGAAUACCAGCCCUCCAAAGUUCCGCUUCCCUGAGGCCGGGCUCCGGAUCAUGGUCACCAGCCAUUUUGGCCCCAAGACCCGGCUCCGUAUGGCUAGUCGCCUUAUCAUCACUGAGCGACAGAAGCUGGUCCAGGCCGCCAAUGGCGUGGAGACUGCAGUAAUUGAUGGGAAAGUGGACAUAGAAAACGGAAACGUGCCUGAAGACAAGCCCAGCGAACAAGAAGAGAAUGACACCAUAUCUCCCUUCCAUGUGCCAGCGGGCAUUGGUAGUAAGUUUAAGUGGCUGAUCUCCUGGCCCCUGCUGCUGCUUCUCUUCUUCACUAUCCCCAAUUGUGGAAAGCCCCGCUGGGAGAAGUACUUCAUGCUCUCAUUCAUCCUCUCCACUGUCUGGAUUGCUGUCUUCUCCUACUUCAUGGUGUGGAUGGUAACCAUAAUUGGGUUUACACUUGGCAUUCCUGACGUCAUCAUGGGCAUCACUUUCCUGGCAGCUGGCACUAGUGUUCCUGACUGCAUUGCCAGUCUGAUUGUUGCUCGGCAAGGACUUGGCGACAUGGCGGUUUCCAACACAAUUGGCAGUAAUGUGUUUGACAUUCUGGUUGGACUGGGUGUGCCCUGGGCAUUACAGACCAUGUGUGUCAACUACGGUUCAGAGGUGAUGAUCAACAGUCGUGGGCUGCUAUAUUCUGUAGUGCUUCUGCUUGGCUCUGUGGCUCUCACGGUGUUGGGGAUUCAUCUGAACAAGUGGCGUCUGGACCUGAAGCUGGGGAUAUACGUUCUGGUUCUUUACGCCGUCUUCCUCUGCUUCUCAAUCAUGAUUGAGUACAACGUGUUCACCUUCGUCAACCUGCCUAUGUGCCUGGAUGAGUAGACCGUUCCUCUGAUCCGGAAUCCUCAGCUCAUACACCAACCUACCCCCCCCCCCCCCCUCUGCCAUACCACACCUAAUUUUCU